GGGCUGCACCUCUGCCGCAGGGCCAGUCGCGCACCUGAGCGCGGAGAGCAGCGAGGACCGGGCCGCCCAGGCCGCAAGUUAUAUAGAGCGCGCGCGGGUGAGACGUGAGAGUGCUUUGGGAUUGUAAUCUACCCUUUUUGGUCGUCAUCAGCAUGUUCCCGAGUCAAGGAUGGCCGCAGAGGCCGUCCCUUUCGUGGCUCCUAGUAUUUGUUGCGACGUUCUGGUGCGUGGCCGGGCAGGAGAACGCGGGCAUGACCAUCUCGCCGUCGCUGGUGGAGUGCUACAGCAACGCGUCGCUGCUGUCCGGGGACGCGCUGCCCACCUUCGGCAUCGGCCAGCUCAUCGACCUCAUCCGCAAGGUGGAGAACUCCCCCUACACCCGGCUCGACCUCCGGAGCAUGGCUGUGCAGCUGACGCACAGGUUCCGCCAGGACGGCAUCCGUCGUGACCCUCGCACCAUGGCCUCCGAGGGGGUGAUCCCCUACACCCCGGCGGGGCCCGAGUUCUUCCGGCACACCAUCCUGCUCAAGAUGCUCAUCCCGGGCAACGCGUACAACUUCCCCAACGCGAGCCUCACCACGGCGGAGCAGUGCGCGCUGCACUUCAUGCUGUCCUCCACGGUGGACGACAUCCAGCGCAACAACGAGGACUCGGAGUGCAGCAACCUGCGCAACUACGAGACGGACGUGAGCGGCAGCAGCACCGGCGGCGGCGCGUCCGGCUACCGGCAGCCGGGCGGCGGCGGCUACAGCUCGGGCGUGAGCUGGAACAGCCGCCGCUACCCGCAGCAGUCCACGCGCGGCCCGCGCCGCAGCCGCAGGGAGGCCGCGGCCGGCCUCGAGUCGGACGUCGAGAUCCUGGACCCCACCCUGGAGGCGGAGGUGAACAAGGCCAAGUACACCAACUACGCGCACAGCCGCUGCCCCAUCCAGGGCGGCGUGGUGUUCACCCCCUGGGGUGCUGUGAGCGCGGGCACCGUCAUCGCCGGCAUCGCGGCCGGGCUGGUGCCGCAGACCGUGUCCACCAGGGACCUGGCCGUGGCCAUCCAGCGCUCCAAGUACUUCACGAGCCGCGCCAGCCGCCCGGGGAUGUCCAGCGCCGACACGCUGGGCUCCAUCAACAACAAGUGGGCGGCGACGUUCUCCGGGGACCUGGCGCAGGUGGCGCUGCUGCAGGGUCCUCAGGACCCCACCAGGAUGGCGGUGGGGCUGCCCGCGGGCUGGACCUCCACCCUGGAGCCCAAGAAGUACUACCUGAGCCAGCCGGUGGACGGCGCCAUGAGCGAGGCCGACGUGCGCGGCUGCAUCGACGGCAUGCUGCUCGGGUCGAACGUCAACGACUGGUACAGCCGCUCCCGCUCCAACCUGCGUCUGUCGCAGCUGCUCGACAUGUACUACUCGGAGCGCGGCGUGUUUGACCGCAACACCCGCGCCUGCCUACGCCGCGAGCGCAUCGGCGACGUGGCCACCACCACGGCGCUGGACGCCCAGACGGAAGCUUUCUCGAAAUUCUACGGCGCCAACAACCCAAUCACCGUCACCAUGUCCGACGACGUCAUCACCAGCCUCUCGGACACCGCGGUCAACAAGCUGCAGUCUUUCAUUCGUACGUAGGACUCUUUUUUUUAGAGGUUACCAAAAAACUUA